AUGAGGGCUAUAAAAAGAGGGCUAGAAGCUACCUGGAAGCAUAUUCGCCUAAAACCAGAUUUUGUUGCAAUGGGGAGCAAAGCAAUGCGGUCUAGGCUGGCUCCUCUUCUUACCACCGUUUUGGUGGUAUUCGUCGCUCUUGGCUUGCCUUCAGAGACUGCAGCUGACUAUUACAAGUAUUCAUCUCCUCCUCCUCACAACUAUUCCUCACCACCACCUCUACUGUAUUCACCACCACCUCCUGUUUACAAGUCACCUCCACCACCUUACCACUAUUUCUCACCGUCACCUCCAGAGCAUUCACCUCCACCACCGCCUCCAGUUUACAAGUCACCCCCGCCACCUUACCACAACUCCUCACCGCCACCUCGAGUGCAUUCGCCUCCUCCACCACCAUACCACUAUUUAUCACCACCACCUCCAGUGCAUUCUUCUCCACCACCACCGGUUUACAAGUUACCUCCACCUCCAUUUUACAAGUCCCCACCACCACCUUACCAUUAUUCCUCGCCACCACCUCCACCGCCACCGGUUUACAAGUCACCUCCACCACCUCCUCCAGUUUAUAAGUCCCUGCCACCACCUUACCAUUAUUCCUCACCACCACCUCCAGUGCAUUCACCCCCACCCCCACCUGUUUACAAGUCACCCCCACCACCUUACCACUACACAUCACCGCCGCCUCCAAUGCAUUCACCACCACCACCACCACCACCGAUAUACAAGUCACCUCCACCACCUCCUCCAGUUUACAAGUCACCCCCGCCACCUUACCACUACUCCUCACCACCACCUCCAGUAUAUUCACCUCUACCACCACCGGUUUACAAGUCACCUCCACCACCUCCCCCAGUUUACGAGUCCUCGCCUCCACCUUACCAUUAUUCCUCACCACCACCUCCAGUGCAUUCACCCCCAUCCCCACCAGUUUACAAGUCGCCCCCACCACUAUACCACUAUAGUUCACCACCACCUCCAGUGCAUUCACCUCCACCACCAACUAUUUAUCAGUCACCCCCACCACUUCCACCAGUAUACAAGUCCCCACCACCACCUUACCACUCUCCACCACCUCCUCCAGUUUACAAGUCCCCGCCACCACCUUACCAUUAUUCCUCACCGCCACCUCCAAUGCAUUCAUCCCUACCCCCACCUAUUUACAAGUCACCCCCACCACCUUACCACUACACUUCACCGCCGCCUCCAGUGCAUUCACCUCCACCACCAACUGUUUAUAAGUCACCUCCACCACCUCCACCAGUCUACAAGUCCCCACCACCACCUUACCACUAUUCCUUGCCACCGCCUCCAGUACAUUCACCUCCACCACCACCUAUUUACAAGUCACCUCUACCACCUCCUCCAAUUUACAAGUCCCCGCCACCACCUUACCAAUAUUCCUCACCUCCACCUCCAGUGCAUUCACCUCCACCACCACCGAUUUACAAGUCACCUCCUCCAGUUUAUAAGUCCCCGCCACCACCUUACCAUUAUUCCUCACCACCACCUCCAGUGCAUUCACUCCCUUCCCCACCAGUUUACAAGUCGCCCCCACCACCUUACCACUACACUUCACCGCCACCUCCAGUGCAUUCACCUCCACCAGUAUACAAGUCCCCACCACCACCUUACCACUAUUCCUCGCCACCACCUCCAGUACAUUCACCUUCACCACCAUCUGUUUAUAAGUCAUCUCCACCACCUUACCAUUAUUACUCACCACCACCUCCAGUGCACUCACCUCCACCACCACCAAUUUAUAAGUCCCCGCCACCACCUUACCAGUAUUCCUCACCACCACCUCCAGUGUAUUCAUCACCAAUUUACAAGUCACCUCCACCACCCGCUCCAAUUUAUAAGUCCCCACCACCACCUUACCGCUAUUCCUCACCGCCACCUCCGGUGCAUUCACCUCCACCACCAUCACUUGUUUAUGUGUACAAGUCCCCUCCACCACCAGUUUACAAGUCUCCACCGCUAUCUCCCCCGGUAUAUAAGUCAUCCCCACCACCUCCUCCAGUGUACAAGUCUCCGCCACCACCAAUCUACAAGUACAAUUCACCACCACCCCCGUCUCCAGUUUACAAGUCCCUACCACCACCUGUUUACGAGCACGAGUCUCCUCCACCGCCUCCUCCAGUAUAUAAGUCACCACCACUAUCUCCUCCAGUGUACAAGUCUCCACCACUGCCUAUUUACAAAUCUCCGCCUCCUCCGGUUUACAGUUCCCCACCACCACCAAUAUACAAGUCUCCACCUCCAUCCGACCAUUACUACUAUUAUACUCCUCCUCCUCCUUCGCACUACUAACGAAUUGCAUCCAAGUUUUGAGGCAAAUUGGGAAGAGAAUCAGUGUUUGAGAGGUUCAUGAAGAUGUGGAAGAAUAAGAAUAAAAGCCCAAUGCGAGGAUGUUCUCAAGUUUUUUAAUGUUUCCGUUCUAUUUUGUAAAUUGAUUUUUGCGACUUAAUUAAUUCCCUGUUUGUGGGGUUUGUGUUGUUUUAUGUACCAUGCCGUACAUGUUUGUAAUGAUUUUUAUUGCAAAACGCCGGUUCAAUAAAAUAACUGUAUUCAUUUCG